UGGUGCGGAAAUGACGUCUAGAGUGUUGAGGUUGAGGGAAGCGGCAUGGCGGAUGGCGGCGAUGGGAAUCCCGAGCCCGGCGGGCUCUUGCAGCAGAUCCUGAGCCUCCGCCUGGUCCCGCCGCCGGGGAACCUCACCGGAGCCGCUUGCCCCAGGACCCUCUGCCAGUUCUCAGAGAUGUGGUAUGGGGUCUUCCUCUGGGCCCUGGUCUCCUCCCUCUUCUUCCACAUCCCGGCGGGGCUGCUGGGCCUCUUCACCCUCCGACGGCACAAAUACGGCAAGUACAUGUCGGUGAGCAUCGUGCUGAUGGGCCUCAUGGGACCAAUCGCCGCCGGGAGCUUGACAAGUGCUGCAAUUGCUGGCGUCUACAGAGCAGCCGGGAAGAAGAUGAGCCCCUUUGAAGCCCUGGUUCUAGGAGUGGGGCAGACCAUCUGCGUGGUCUUGAUUUCCUUCUUUCGGGUUUUAGCCACCCUUUAGCAUCAGGGGCAGAAACCAAUAUGGCUGGGGCAACGUUGUGCAGGAUUCAGAAGCCGGAGGAUUGGGGAAGAGCUGCUUGCAAGUCUUACAGGAGGCCAAAUGGAAGUCGAGAAGGGUUUUGCCAUGCUCUCGAGUGGAUUCCAUUCAUUUCAACAACAAAGCGCAAAAAAACAUUUGAGCAAAUUGAACAAAUUGCCUCUUUCUUCAAGUCUGGAGUGACUACCUUUCAUCAACAACCGAAGAUUCUGGAGAGAGCAGCCAUUCCGCUGGUGUUGUGGCACCUCAGGAUAAGUUUCACCUUGCUCUCAAACACCACCAGACCACGGCUGUAGGAAUUAUAGUUUAUUGUAGAAGUUCCAAAAGAAGGCAAAGGUUAAGUCAAUACAAAGUUCCAAAGUUCAGGUAAAAUGCACGGUACAGUUCCAGAAAUCCUUCAGAGACAAUCAAGGUAAACAGGAAUCAUGAAGCAAGAAGCAGCUUAGCCCAAAAGCCGCACGAAGGAAUCCAAUGCAGAGGCAUGAAACAGCUUAGCAGAUAGCCACGUUGAAACUGACAGCUAAGAAUUGCCCGAGACAGGCCUAAAUACAUUUUGCACAUCAAAACAAUCUAGCUUCCCACAAACUGCUUUCCCUUGCUCCCUUGACCUGUUGCUGAUCUAACUUGGCUGCGAUCCGGGAGCUCCGUCUCACGGUUUUGCUAUCCCUUUGAAGGAGCACCUGGCCCUCCUCCUUAUCAGCUACAUUCCUGUCCUGUGAGAACUGCUUCUCCAGCUCGUCUGCAGGCUGAGAAAACUGAAAACUGAAAAGCAUCAGACUCAGGGGCCUGUUGAACCACAACAGAUGUCUUUCUGGCACAGACGUGGCUGCUUCCCGACAUCGCACAAAACUUUGCAAGAUGUUAGCACCAACUCUCCUC